CGUGACGACGGCAUGGAAGAAACAACAGGAGGGGGCCUGGUGCUUCAGAGAGACCUGCUGCUGGGACAGGAGCUGGAGUUUGAGGACAGCAGUGACAAGCUCAUGGGCUUUGAGAAGGACUCGGAAGUGGACUCCUUGGUGGGGAAGAUCGCCCUCCCGGCCUACUCGCUGAGCGACGACGACUACUCCAGCUACCGGCAGUUGAGUGUGGAGAGCGACCCUGAGGAGGGGAGGGAGCCUGGCCCCCCACCCCCGCCUUGCAAGCAGUGUGGCCUGCAGGGGCAGAGCUGCCCGCAGUGUGCAGGAGCUGAGAGCCGGGGCCAGCGGGUGGUCUACUCGUGCCAGCUCUGCCCCUUUGCCUCCCACUACUCUAGCCACCUCAAGCGCCACAUGAAGACCCACAAUGGGGAGAAGCCUUUCAAGUGCCCACACUGCGACUAUGCCUCGGCCCAGCUGGUGAACCUGACGCGGCACAAGCGCACCCACACGGGCGAGCGGCCCUACCGCUGCCAGGACUGCAGCUUUGCUUGCAGCAGCCUGGGCAACCUGCGGCGCCAUGAGCGUGUCCACAGCCAGGACAAACCCUUCCAGUGCCAGGCCUGCGCCUAUCGCUGCAACCAGAGCCGCAACCUCAAGCGCCACAUGCUGAGCCACCGGCCGGCGGAGCAGGCAGCAGAGCCCCUGCUGCCGGAGCUGAGCCUGCACGUCAAUGGGGCAGGCAACCCCCUCCUGCCUGGCUGUGCCCGGCUGCGGGGCGACGAGGCGGACGCGUUGCCUGAGCUGCUCUUCCCCUUUACCUGCCGCACAUGCGGGCUGGUGCUGGACGACGGCUUGGCGCAAGACGAGAGCCUGGCUGAGCAGAUCUGCAGCCGCUGCAACCUGGCAGUGCUGAGUGCUGAGCCUAGCGCCAGCCCCCCCGAGAGCGACGCCAAGGGCUUCUCCUGCAGCCUGUGCCCCUUUGCCACGCACUACCCCAACCACCUGGCCCGCCACAUGAAGACGCACAGUGGCGAGAAGCCCUUUGCCUGCCCCCUCUGUCCCUACGCCUCCGCCCACCUGGACAACCUCAAGCGGCACCAGCGCGUCCACACAGGGGAGCGGCCCUACAAGUGCCAGCUCUGUGACUAUGCCUGCGGCAACCUGGCCAACCUGAAGCGCCACGGCCGCAUCCACUCGGGCGACAAGCCCUUCCGCUGCGGCCUGUGCAGCUGCUGCUGCAACCAGAGCAUGAACCUCAAGCGCCACAUGCUGCGUCACACUGGCGAGAAGCCCUUCCGCUGCCGCCACUGCCCCUACACCACCGGGCACUGGGACAACUACAAGCGCCACCAGAAGAUCCAUGGGCCCCCGAGUGCCAUGGCCCGGCUGGCCCUGCCUCCCCCUGGGGCCUCUCUGUCUUAGGGCUGGGGGAGAGUGCCCCUUGGGCUGACUGCCCCAGCUGUGCCCGUCAUGGCCCUGAGGGGGGCUCAGGCUAAGCUAGGCCUGGCUACUACUCCAAGGACGGCUGAGAGCUGCUGUUCUGGGGAAGGGACUAACCCUUACCCCAGUCAUACAUAGCUGGUCCGUGGGCCUGCCCCUGCUUGGCAAUGGGGUUUAGGCGGUUGGGCACAGCUCAGCCUGCCACAUGAACCGCCCCUAGGCCCAGUCUCUUCCCUCCUGCUCUUGUGGGCCUGGCCUGUGGCUGACAUGCCCCUCAAGGCUCUGUAAUUUAUAUUGUGCAUAAAAGCAUUGAACUGUCACUGGAGAUAAUACCUCACUACAUGGGGGUGGGGGAGGGACUGCUCCACCAGGCCUAGUCUAGGAGCCCUCAUGUGCCCCACCAGAACAGCUGGGCUCAGGCCAUAGCCACACCUGCUCACAGCCCCUUGCUAUGGCUUGGGCAGUCAGGACUCAGCUGGAGAGUGGGCCCCAGGUUGCUCACAGGCCUGGCAAAAGGAAGAGGGGCAUGUGCAGGGUGGUACCUGGUGCCCUGCUGCAGUUACAGCAGCUCAGGGCUUCUGCACCCUGCCGCCCAGGCCCCCAGCCACACACCCAUUACCAAUCAUGAGUCACUUUAAUCACUGGAAAUUGUCAUGGCCCCGCGGGAAGCAGUGCAGUGGGUACAAGCCUA